AUGUCUGAGGCCCUCAGGGAGAACAGAGUGACCAACCUCCGUUCCAAGGUGUCCUGCUCUGCCAUUGUCGCUCUGGGAGAGCUCUCUGUGACCUUGAAGAAGGACAUGGACUCUGAGGUGGAUGAGGUUGCUCGGGUCCUUCUCCAGAUGGUGUCCAGCUGCCCAGAAUUUGUUCAGAAAGCAGGCAGUCAGACCCUGGGGAUCAUGGUGGAGAAUGUGACUCCUGCACGAGCAAUGACUGCUCUCAUGGACAUGGGAGCCAACAGCCGCCCCGCCCCGGGGCGCGAGUGUGCGGCCCAACUCCUCCUGUCCCUGGUGGAGAGAAUUGGAGUCACCCAGCUCGCAGGCACCCCCAGGGCUGAGAGGCUACCACAAGUGGCAGGGAAGCUUGCUCAGGACUGUCACAAGGACACAAGGCAUUAUGGACAGGAGAUGGUGAAGAUGUUGCUCAAUCAUCAACAAUUUAAAAUGCUUUUGGAACAAUCUCUUUCCCCCCAUGACCUGGAAGAUAUUCUGACAAGAAUUAAGAAGAAAGGGAUGGAAAACCAGAAGGCUCAAUGCCCAUCUGUCAAGGAGCCGGUGAAGGAGAGGAACGAUGGUUCAAAGAAGCCCCAGGCCACAUUGUCUGCUAGCAAACGGAAAAACUUUCUGAUUUUUGAAUAUUUUGUCCUGAGAAUAUCUGACAGCCACAAGAAAGUGAAGCAGAGGGUGCUGGACAUGCUGGCUGAAAUCACACGAGCCCUGAAAGAUGCCUUGAACCCGGUGAUCAUUGGUUUGGUGGAGGGAAUAACAAAGAACCUGAACUCAAAGGAUCCCAGGGUUCGUGGGGCAGCUGUGAAAGCACUGGGAGAAUCCAUUGCUCAUUUGGAUAAAGUGUCACUGCUGAAAGAGUUCAGCUACCAAUGGAAUCACCUGAGUGGCCAAGCCCUGCUGGAUGUCACCGAGCGUGUCACAGUGCUUGUGCAGGGGGUUCAUGCCAGGAGGCCUGAAGUCGUCCAGCGCGACGCCCUGCCCGUGCUCUGGCCCUGCCUGGGGAACAAGGCGCUGCCUGUGCGGAGCGCCAACGUCCGCACCGUGGCCACCAAGCUGGCCUCUGCCCUCUGCAAGGUGAUGGGCACCCAGCUGAAGAAAUGUGCUGCCAGCAAGCCUCCACAUGUGCGGGAAAACCUCUCCAAAAUGCUGGGCUGGUGA